AUUAGGCAGGGAGCACCGCUGAGAUGGGCCGACCAAACCCAUGACGGAGAGCCCGACGUAAUGGGCGAGCCGGUCGUGACAGAGCCGCAGGAGACUUUGAAGACAGGAACCUCGAGCGGUCGACGAGAAGCGACAAGACGGCGCUCCCCCGAGUAUGAGCGGAGGGAAACCAUGGCGGAUAGGCACAGGGACGACUGGCGAGAGAGUUCAAGGAUCUAUUGGAGGGACAGAGAUACAGAUAGAGCACCGCCGCGACGUGUCUUCGACCCCCAAACGGGGGAAUCACACCCGCUCCCUUACGAGAGCAAGGAUCGCUAUAUUAUUACGCACAAGGCCUCAGAGCCUCCUACUUUCAGGGGCUAUGGCAUUACAGAAUAUCUGGACAAGUGGGAACUUCAUGCCAGCCGGAGUAAGUGGUCGGAGGAAGAGAUUAUAGAGAACCUCCUAUUUAAUGUGGAUCAAACCCUCGGCAAGGAAGUUAAGGAAGCCCGACGAAAGGAUGAGAAAUGGACUACGUACAAAAAGAACCUCGUUGAGCUUUACACAUUGGAGGAUAACAAGUACUCCAUCAAGGAUCUUGAGACGAUGACUCAAGAUGAAGAUGAGAGCGUACGGGCAUUUGGAAUGCGUUUCGAGAAGAUCUCCGACGUGCUAAUGAAGAAGGGGAAGAUCUCAGAGGUCGAGCGCUGUACUAUCUUCAUUGGACACCUGUCCAAAGGUAGACAGAAGAGUAUACUUAGACAUCUUCCGCGCGACAAGCUUGACUUCCCAGAAGUCCUAAAGCUCGCGAUAAAGGCAGAAGCAGACGACUACAAGGACUUGACCGGGACCGGAGAACUCGCGAGACGUAUGGAUGAGCUAGGAGGCUUGAUGAUUACUCACGUAGCCCUCGCUAUGAGCCUGACGGGGGUGGAGGCGACUCUCGAGGCCGGUGGGAGUCGGAUCAGGGUCGGCGAGACGGAUACAGGGAUGAAAGAUAUGAGAGAUCAGACUGAGAUGGACAUAAGGACGACAGAUAUGAGAGGACGGAUCGAGACGGAUACAAGAGUGACAAAUACGAAAGAGGAGAUCGACCCGAUGAUACGCGCGGGCGAUACGACCGAGGAGAUCGGCGCGAUGAUUCACGCGGGCGAUACGACUGAGGAGAUCGACGCGAUGAUUCACGCGGAUGAUACGACCGAGGAGAUCAACGCGAUGAUUCACGCGGACGAUACGACCGACGAGAUCGGCUCGAUGAUUCACGCGGGCGAUACGACCGAGGAGAUCAACGCGAUGAUUCACUCGGGCGAUACCAACAUGGGGACCACCGCAAUGAUUUGCGCGGCAGGAAUGAGAGAGGGGGAUAUGGCGCGUCGUCUGAUCCGUAUUUGAAGUCCCCUGACCCCAGAGCAGCGAGAGGUUCGACCUCUAGAGGCACAGACGACAGA